AACAACUUCAUUGCCUCCAACAAGAGCUGCACCCACUUCAUCUACUGCAGCGGCGAGGAUUCGUUCGAGGGCGAGUGCCCCGAGGAGAACGACUACUUCAAUGCSCACCUGGCCAUGUGCGAGCCCAUGGAGGAGGUGGACUGUCGCACGGGCCUGCCCCUGCAGACCAACGAAGUGCAACAGAUCACAGUCACUGAAUUGCCCGUCGCGACUGUGACUGUCACGCAAACAGUGACCACAGCCUCGACUGCCCUCGAUGUGAGCUCGGAGACUGUGACAGCCGCUGCGCCAGCGUCCACAGCGGCGAGCAGUGCCAGCAGCCAGCAGGUCGUCACCCUGGUGGCCAGCGAAUGCCCACCGACCGACAACACCCACCAGAUCGUGCUGCUGGCCCACGACAAAUCCUGCACGGAGUACUUCAUUUGCUAUCACGGCAAGCCCCUGCCCAUGACCUGUGCCGCCAUGCUGCACUUCAAUGUGCACACGGCCAAGUGCGACAAGGCCGAGGUGGUCAAUUGCAUGCGCUCCACGAUCAGCGUGCGCGAGCAGUGCAAGCAGCACACCGUGGACAUCUAUCCGCAUCCGGACAACUGCAACUACUUCUACUACUGCMGCAACGGCUUCCUGAUGCUGCAGCAGUGCCCCUUCUUCUAUGGCUGGGACUAUGAGAAGCGCUCCUGUGUGGCGAUCGCACAAGCCAAGUGCUUUGGACGUCAGAGUCUCCUGAUCUAAU